UUCAUAUUGAACUUCUUUUUUUGCUUUACUUUGAGAGGAAAAGGUAAAAAAUUUUGUCUCUUCUUAAAUUGAAUUGUGCAUAAGAAAAACGCAUUGUGCACCUUGCAUUAGAUAAUUAAGCAAAGGAAUUCGGUUGCCCGCAGCAAUCAACCCCUAUCACAUACUUGAGCGUUAUGAACAACACGGAGAUGGAGGUGUCUAAUGAAGAAGCUAUGGAAGUGCCUAAUGAGCAGGUUAUGGCGGUAUCUAGCGAGCAGGUUAACAAAGAUUCCAAUGAACAGUCUAAAGAGGUAUUCAACGAGGAGCCUAUGCAGGUGUCCAGUGAGCAGCCCAUGAAGCUGACCUAUGAUCAGCCUAUGAAGGUGAUUCGUGAGCAGCCUGUGAAAAUGCCUAAACUACUGCCUAUAAAAGUGACCAAUGAACAACCUAUGGAUUUGUCCAAUAAGCUACUUUUAGGGGUGACCAAUGAGCAACCUUUCAAGAUGCCUUAUGAGCAGUCUUUGAAGGUACCCAACGACCAUCGUGUGGAGAUGUCGAACAUAAAACCCAUUGAAGCAGCCGACGGAAUGAUGACGAAACUGAAUGCUGAAGCCAUGGGGCAAUCUAAUAAAAACCUCAAUGAAAAACUCGAGCAGGAAACUGUUGAAGAACUUAUCCAGCAACGUGAUGAAGUCAGCCUGAAAGCUUACGAAGACAGUCAGAAAUCUUUACGAUUUACCUACCGGACAGCUUCUUCGCUAAUCGGAUUGGCAAAUGAAGAAAUCAGGCAGAAUAUUAACAUCGGCCACAAAGCUGCAGAAAAAGUUAGUCAGCAACUUGACAGAAAACUGUUAGUGAAUUCGUCUAGAUUGGCUUUGCGGAACGCUUCUGUUCAAAACGAACGAAAGGCAGAUGGAGAAAUCAUCCGAAAGUUUGUUCAAGUUGCCACCGAGAAAGCUGCUGAACCGGUCAAAGAGCAGCCGAAGGAGAAGCCCAAGGAGCUAUCCAAUGAGCUCCCCAAAGAUGAGCCUAAGAAGCUCCCCAAUGUUGAGGCAAACCAGGCGACCGAUGAUGUUCCUCAAGUGUUCCAUCAGCUGCCCAACAAUGCUGGCGAGUUGGUUUACGAGGUGCCCAUGCGACACUAUGCCGGCAAGCGUUUGCUCAUCACGGAGUUGAUCGUACCCGAGAAUAGAGAGGAGCGACGUCCCUCGUACUUUGAUCGCAAAGGCAUUGAGCAAAUGCUGCUUAAGUACAGCGCCAUGGAGAAUGUGUUGCGUCAGGGACCUUUUAACGAGGAGCUUGUGGAUGGCAUAUUGUCUGCCGUGGAGACGUAUGCCAAGUACAUGGUCAAGUCGGUUAUUGAGCUGUGCGAGCAUCGCACUGGCUAUUGGCUGUACAACGAUCCCCGUUGUGUGAUGCAGCACGAUAUGCGCUCCACAAUGAUGUUCCUCAACGAUCGCGAGGCAGCCGAUUUUGGUGGCGCCGAUGACGAAACUCCAGGGCAUCGCAGUCGUUGGAUGAAGAUGAAACGCAAACUUCCGGGCAGCAGUUCGCUGGAACACGAGAUGCGUUUGGAGUCGACCAACACAACGGCGCUCUUGGCUCUGGGCGGACGCAAGCCGACAGCAGCGAGUACCUCGAGAUUUGGCAGUGGAGUUGCCACAGCGUUGCCACCACGUGCACCGCCUUUGCGAGCCAAGCGUGUGGUUGUCAAGGAUAUCGUACAGUUCAUGGAGAACAACAAACGCUAUGCGCGAUCGCAGUUGCUCUACGAAGCCUACUUGACAUACAAUUUGUAGGGACGAAAGAAACACACAAUCUCGCACAAAUUGUAGUUCAAUGAACUUCCUUUUUGGAAUAAAUCCAAACAAAAGCCCAAGGAAACAGGUGGUGUGUCCUUUGUU